GUGCAUCGUAGCUGCAUGCAGCUUUUGUCUGAAACCUUUGUGUUAGUGUCUCUGUUCCAGCGCCAGUGUUCUGCUAAGUACCCUACUAUAGAGGGUGAUCAUGAAAUGAUGUCUGACCCUCCUGACACGCCCCCUACACCCGAACCCACGACGAAGCUGGGAGGGGCCGACAACAGGACUGAGGUCGAUGUGUACCGUAAGGAGAGGGAUGAGGCUUUGGAGGAGUUGACCAAGGUCAAACAGGAUCUGGGGCAGGUUAAGAAGAGGCUCGCUGACCUUCAGAUGCUUCAGGAACUUGAGAAGGAAGCUAAGGCAAAGGCGAAGGAGAAGAGUAAGUCUUCCUCGGGCAGCAAGAAGAAAAAGAAGAAGGAGGAUAAAGACAGUCUGGGAUUACAUCCCACUCCUUCGAUCAGUCCCUCCGCCCAACUCCUUCUAAGUCUGUCUACCCCUGCCCGCAAACACCCUGUGAUACCCGGGUUAGAAGAUGACGAGGAUUCAAAGGAAUUCUACACGAAAGUAGCAGAAGCGUUUCCUAGUAUGACGUUGUCUGAUGUGCUUGAAGCAGAGACUAAGUUCCUGGCUGCUGACAAAGAUCGCAAUGGGGUGAUUGAUGUGGAUGAGCUGGACAGGGUGCUGAUCAAAGGCGUGACUGUGUUCACGCCCGGCAAGGUGCAGGAGAUCCUGCAGGAGCUGGACACAGAUGAGAGUGGAACCAUCGACUUCCUGGAGGCUCUGGGGGUGAUGACCAAGCUGUCCCACCACCGGCGGACAAACUUACCGGAUCAGGUCAAAGAGCACCACAAAAAGGUGUGUUCCCUCCAGUGAUGGCGGCUCUGCAGAUGUGUACACAGCGGUAAAUAAAAAAUGUGUUGGAUACAGGUU